AUGCCAUACAAUAUAUACAUCCGCCACUGCGACAACUGGUGCUUUGUGCUCAAUCCCACCUACAACAAUUUGUUCCUUGGAGUCGACCUCUUUCACCGGUACAACGACUGUUUCUUCCACCGCAAUUACACUUUCCACCUGGGGUGCUGUUUCUUCCGCAGCGGGGACUUCAAUGACAGGGGCUUCUGUAGCAGGGGUUGGAGCUUCAGCAGCAGCUUCAACCCCGUUGACAGUCUUUUCCACCUCCUUGGCAGUGUCCUCUGCCACUUCCACCUUUUCGUCAACAACUGGCGCUGCAGCGACGGAAGGCUCCGGGGCCGGCACCUCCACCGUGCCGGUUACUUCCACGGGCUUAGGAACCUCGACAGUCUCUGUAACUUUUUCAGGUUGGUGAGCUUCUGUCUGGAUGGUCUCUGCCACAACGGGUGGUUCAUCGGGCUUGGAAGUAUCCUCUACCUUGGUGGCCUUCUCAGGCUUGGAGUCCUCCUCAACCUUGCCAACCUCUUCAGGUUUCUCAUCCUCUGCGGCGACUUCCGCCUUGGAGUCUUCCGCCUUGACGACUUCUUCAGGCUUGGACUCUUCUUCAGGCUUGACUUCCUCAGGUUUGGAUGUUUCCUCAGGCUUGGUGUCCUCCUCGACCUUGGCGGCGUCGUCCGACUUGACCUCAACCUUGGCCUCCUCUGCAGGCUUGGUCUCCUCUGCAGGCUUGGUCUCCUCUGCAGGCUUGGUCUCAUCUGCAGGCUUGGUCUCCUCUGCAGGCUUAUCCUCCUCAGCGGGCUUGGAUGUCUCUUCAGGUUUUACCUCAUCCUGAACCUCUGGCUGCGCUUCAGCCUGUACUGUUGUGUCAUCCAGCUUCUCCUCAGCCUUGACCUCUGCGGGCUUGACCUCUUCCGCAGGCUUGGGUGUCUCCUCUGCUGUGGUCUCCUCAGGUUUGGAUGUCUCUUCAGGUUUUACUUCAUCCUGAACCUCUGGCUGCGCUGCAGCCUGUACUGUUGUGUCAUCCACCUUCUCUUCAGCCUUCGGCACCUCCUCUGCUGCGGGAGCCUCCGAAGCUUCAACCUUGGGGGCCUCCUCAGGCUCGACCUUCUCGGUGGCCGUCUCCUCAGCUGCAGGAGCUUCAGGGGCUGGAGUCUCGGCUGGAGUUUCCUCUGCUUCUGGAACAGCCUCCUUCUCAGGUGCUGCUACCUCUGGAACUUCAGCAGCUGGUUGCUCGGCAGUCACUCCAACGGCCGGUGUCUCAUCUGGAGUCUCGGUGGCGACUGGCUUUUCAGCCUCUGCCGCCUCGGGAGCAGGCUUGACCUCCUCUUCGCUGCUCUUCUCAGGAACAGGCACUUCAUCGACAGCAGCGGUAGAUGCUUCGACUUUGGGUUCUUCUUUGGCAACCUCAUCAGUCUUGAUCUCCUCCUUGACCUCUUCCGCAGCUUCUUCCUUCACAGGAACGGCGCUGGAUUCUGGUGCUGGGGUCACUUCUUCCUUGGCCACCUCUGGCACCUCGGCCUUCGGGGCCUCAGCCUCCUCGCUCUGUGCGACCUCCUGGGCCACUGGAGCUUCUUCAGGCUUCGCAAUCUCCUCAGCCUUGGGGGUAUCUUCUUCCUUGGUCUCUUCAACCUUGGAAGCUUCUUCAGGCUUGGGUGCGUCUUCAGCUUUCACAGUCUCCUCAACGACUGGUGCCUCCUCUGCUUUUACAGUCUCCUCAACGAUCGGGGCUGCUUCAGCUUGAAGAGUCUCCUCAUCCUUGGGAGUCGCUUCCUCUUUUGUCUCCUCUGCCUUGACAGUCUCCUCAGUGACGGGACCUCCUCUGUCUUGGCCUCCUCCUUUGGAGCCUCCUCUGCCGCUGGAGUCUCCUCGACCUUUGGAGUCUCCUCGACCUUUGGAGUCUCCUCGGGCUUGGGAGUCUCCUCUGUCGCUGGAGCCUCCUCUGCUGCUGGGGUCUCCUCUGCCGCUGGAGUCUCCUCGACCUUUGGAGUCUCCUCGACCUUUGGAGUCUCCUCGGGCUUGGGAGUCUCCUCUGUCGCUGGAGCCUCCUCUGCUGCUGGGGUCUCCUCUGCUGCUGGAGUCUCCUCUGCUGCUGGAGUCUCCUCUGCUGCUGGAGUCUCCUGUGUUGCUUCUACCUUGGCAGUCUCCUCUGUCGCUAGAGUCUCCUCUGCAGCUUCCGCCUUAGGAGUCUCCUCAGGCUUGGGGGCUUCCUCUGUCGCCUCCACCUUUGGAGCCUCUUCUGGCUUGGUCUCCUCGAUCUUGGGAGAUUCCUCCGUCGCUUCCACCUUUGGAGUCUCCUCUGUCGCUUCUACCUUGGGAGUCUCCUCGGGCUUGGGAGUCUCCUCUAUCGCUGGAGCCUCCUCUGCUGCUGGAGUCUCCUGUGCUGCUGGAGUCUCCUGUGUUGCUUCUACCUUAGGAGCCUCCUCGACCUUGGGCGCCUCCUCAGGCUUGGGAGCUUCCUCUGUCGCUGGAGUCUCUUCGACCUUGGGAGUCUCCUCUACCUUGGGAGUCUCCUCUACUUUGGGAGUCUCCUCUGCCGCUUCCACCUUGGCAGUCUCCUCUGCCGCUGGAGUUUCUUCGACCUUGGGAGUCUCCUCAGGCUUGGAAGAUUCCUCUGUCGCUUCCACCUUUGGAGUCUCCUCUACCUUGGCAGUUUCUUCGGGCUUGGGGGCCUCCUCUGCUUUGGUCUCCUCCACCUGGGCAGAGACCUCUGGCUUGGGAGCCUCCUCUGCCUUAGGGGUCUCCUCUACCUUGCUCACCUCCUCCUUGACGGACUCGUCUGCGGUCGGGGUAGCAUCUGCCUUGGUCUCUUCGGCUUUGGCGGAUUCUACCUCGGGCGUCUCCUCUGCUUUGGCAGUCUCGACGGCAGGAACAGGCUGCUCAGCGACCUCGGGGGCCGGUGCGGGCUCGACCUUGGACACCUCCUCGACCUUCUCGUCGGCAGCAGCAGCAGCAGCUGUUGUUGCCGGAGCCUCGUCGACGACCGCAGACUCCACCGGGGCCUCGCUGACGGGCGCGGCCUCGGUGGGAGCAGGAGUCUCCGCCAAAGGCGGGGUGUCGGUGAUGGUUGCGGGGGCCUGGUCCUUGGAGGAGUCGGCGGCGGCAAGGGUGGUGUUGUUCUCUGGAACGGAAUUGGGGACUGCGGACAUAAUGAUGAUUCCUCAGCUUUUUUUAUUCUGGAAUUGGGCGGGUGAAGAGAAAGGGGAGAGAGGAGAACAGCCUCCCCAGCAUCCCGAGGCAUUGCCAUCUAUUUAA